UCUCAACCGCAACACAUAGCCUACAGCGAAGAGCGGAAGUAUAAACCCAAGCUGCCGUUAUGGCAACUCCGCGCCUCACCUUUCUAUACCCAAAUUUCUUUCGUGCGGUGCGCGCCUGCGAGCCCAAAACCUAUCAAUCAAUUCGUGGUCCUACCAGUUCGAAACCCCCUCGCAGAGCGAAACUGCACACCUCUGCUCGCCGGCAGCAGGAAGCAAUCCCGCAGCGAUAUGGGCCCGCGGCUGGUAGUCAAGGUCUUCCUCCUCCUCCCAAACCCGAGGAGUCCUCGACACCGAAAGAAGAGCAGCAACAACCCAAAGAAAUAGCCCAAUCAUCAAGCCGUGAGCAGCAACACACAGAGGAAAGCACUGGUCAAGAUUUGCCGCAAGAGUCAAAUACUACAUCGGACUACGUCGACGAAGCCUCCAUGGGCGGAGGAAAGUCGAAAAUCAAGCCAGAAGAGCAGGAAAAGCUUGAAAACAGGGAACUCGACAUUGUACUGUCCAUACCUUCUCCGUCCGAAAUCAAAGGAAAGGGGCAACGGCACCCACACCUCGAACCUCCGCCUUAUGAGCACCAUUUCGAUACGUACGGCCUGGUGCAGCAACUGGCCGCCAAAAACGCGUACACAGUCCACCAAGCCACAACGCUGAUGAAAGCCAUCCGCCUCAUGCUGUCGAUGAACUUGGACGUUGCGAAAGAAGGUCUCGUCUCGAAAUCGGACAUUGAAAAUGAGUCAUAUUUGUUCCGCGCAGCGUGCUCGGAGUUGAAGACGACGCUCCAAACGACCCGACAUUCGGAGACACUGAAACAACGGAGUCAGAGAGCGCAGUUACAGCACGAGUUUGACAUCCUGAACCAGAAAGUAACGCAAGAUCUCAUGACACUGAAAGAAGAAUUGAAGGGGCUCUUCAACGACCGGAAACUGAAUUUACAAGAAGACAAACGCAAGAUCGACGGCAAAAUCUCGGAGUUGAACUACGAAAUCACUGUGCUGCUGAACAGCGAAGCAAAAAGCGAGGUCGAAGGCCUGAGAUGGGUCUUGACUCGUCGCGCGGCUUUGGCCAUUGGGUUUUGUGCUUUCAUGAUAAUCUCGACCCUGAACUAUUCAUCCAUCAAGAUGCGUGAGAAGGAAGAAGCAGAGAAGAAGAGAAAGGCUCUCCAGAAAGCUCAGGAAGAGCGGACAGAGGCUCAACUUCGAUAUACGACCCCGAAUCGAGCGCAGGGCACGCAAACGGAAGCGCGGCCGCUUGAAGAAUCACUGGGCUAGAGCAUCUUGUGAAUGAUGACGGACCGCGGAUGUUCGCUCUAUCGUCCCGAAUACCAGAAGAAUAUAUCUCUUUGUAGACUUCACGACACUAUAGACGACUGAUGAGCAGCGGGAAAUUUCGAAGCCAACAAUAGAC